GCUGAAAAUAUUUGGGCUGUGAAAACUCCCACACUGUGACAGAUGUCAAGUCCAAUUAAGUGACUCGUGUCCAGGUUUCUGUCCAAUAGUCUUUCCCAUUAAAUAUCAAUUUAAGAGGGAAAAAAUGCCGUCCCCUUUUCUACAAGCCUUUAUCUCUUCCAACCAUCUCUAGGCUAGACCCUUUGGUACCAGAGGCGAAUCCGCACGCAUCUUCGCUCUGUCUGUCUGUCUGUCUGUCUCGUCCCUGACACCUUCCGCACCCCUCCUUGGCUUCAUUGCCACUCCGGGAGGAGUGGGAGGAGGAACUGCACUUUCUUUUUGUGCGUGUGAGCGUACCUUCGCCUGCACCGACGUUGUCUCUCGCAGCCGCUCCGAAGCCUCGCCGAGAUUUUAUUUUAUUUUUAUUCUUUUUUCUUUUUUUUUUUAUUUUUUUUUCCUCUAUUUUUUUGUUCUCUUCAGUGUUCGCAUUUCUUUCUUAAUACUCACUCAAGACAUGCAGGAGGAGUUAUGAAGCUCAGGGACGGAUGGGGGUUUCGUUUAUCCCUUUUUUUCCCCCCCUCGCUGGCUCUUGAAGGACCAGAAAUAAAACUACACCAAACAUUUAUUUUUCGACGGCGUCUCCCUCUCCUACUCCUCUCCGCCGGACCGGUGAAUUAACAAAACUGCACGUGAUACCAAAAAACAGAAAAAAAGAAAGAAAUAAUAGAAAAUAAUAGAGAAGAAAGGAGGGAGCAACGCAUUGUUACCCCGGCCCGCGGCGUGCCUGCGCGCCGGGCCGCGGUGGAACAAAGCAGGCAGGGCCGCACCGGGUUCCGCGCAGCGCGCAGCGGGCGCCGGGCUCCGUACCCCGGGCUCCGCGCCCGGCCCGGCCCGGGAGCGGCGGUUCCGCGGGCCGCCGCGGGGAAAGGAGAGGCCGAGGGGGCGGGGGAGAGGGAAUAAUCCCGGCUGGUGCUAUCGCCGCAUCCCUUUUGUUAUUUAUCGCGAUCGGGGAAGAGGAGGAAGAAGAGAGGGGGAGACGGCACUUUCCAGCGGAAUUGCCCCCAUACCCACCCUCAAAAGCGACUCGCAGGAGCUGCCGGUUCAUUUGCAACCCGCUGCCCCGAAUUAACGGGCGGCAGCAGACUUUGAUGGGGAAAACGCUUUUUCUCCCCUGAUGCAUCGUAGCACGGGCAUGGGUUUACUGGGGAACAACAACAACAAAAAGGCUGUUUCCGGCUCAGCUCGCCAAAACCCCCAGCCUGGAUAAACCCAGACGAAACGGGAAAAUUCAACACACACCGUAGAGAAACCUUUAAGCAACUUUCUCCAGGAACCACCUCUGUAAUUUUCCGUUUUCGCACAACCUCCCUGCAAAUCCUCCCACUGUCAGUGUGCUUUCGCACAAACCUUCUCGCUUGGAGCUUAACUGAAAGGCUCCUCCGCCCCCUCCAAGAUGAUGCUUAGCCCGGACCAAGCUGCCGACUCCGACCACCCCUCCUCGGCGCCCUCCGACCCGGAGUCCCUGGGCGGCGCGGACGCCCAGACGCUCAGCUGCUGUGUCUCCGACCCGGAGCCCGCCGAGGGAGGCGGUGGCGGCGGCGGGGAGGGCCGGGGGGGCGGCGGCGGCGGCGGGGAGGGCCGGGGCGGGGGCCGGCCCGGGCUGCACCCGCCGCCGCUUAGCCGGGAGGAGAAGCGACGGCGGCGACGCGCCACGGCCAAGUACCGCUCGGCCCACGCCACGCGUGAGCGGAUCCGCGUGGAGGCCUUCAACCUGGCCUUCGCCGAGCUGCGCAAGCUGCUGCCCACCCUGCCCCCCGACAAGAAGCUCUCCAAGAUCGAGAUCCUGCGCCUCGCCAUCUGCUACAUCUCCUAUCUAAACCACGUCCUCGACGUGUAGCGCCCGACCGCCCCGACGGACCCCAGGGACCCCGGUUCACCCUCCGCCGCCCCGGGUCCGGCCGCGGGGGCAGCGGCGGCAGCGCCUUCCCCAGGGGUGGGGGUGUCCCCGCAGCGUCCCCUCUCUCCCCGGGGGUUCCUCCACACGGUCGCGGUGUGGCCGAGGGAGAGACCGAUUUUCGAAAAGAAGUGUAAAACCGGAUUGUUUCUUCAGGCUGUCAAGUGCCCCUUUAUAUAUAUCCAAAAACAUUUACUUGUGACCUUAAACGUGUGACCCAUGGGUGCAGUCAAAAAUAACUAUUUUUUAUUUAUGGUAGAAGGAGUUGACAAUUUAUUUUUUUCAAGAUUUAUUUAUUUUUCAGAGUUGUGGCAAUUUUACUUUGGAUACUUUGUGCCAAUUGGUUUCUAUAGUCGAGUGUUUACACUUGCUCCUGUGGAAUAUUAUGUUUAACUUGAUGAGUGUUUGUUGGGAUCGAUACAGUGUUCAAUUUACUUUUUUUUUGUUUUAAUUUAUUUUUUCCCUCCAAUUAUAUUGCACUUGUGCACGACAAACCUUCCCUUCCUCCCUGUUUAUAUUUUAUGUAUAUGAAGGCGUUUGUUCUUGACAUUUUUUUCUUUCUUUUUUUGUUCGUGUGGGAUCGACAACCACUAGCACUUAACUAGGAGAGUUUUUUAAAGACUUGUUGUUAUUCUGAUCUAUAGUUACGUCUGAAAAGUACUUUGCAAAUCGUUUAUAAGGGAAGUAGUUUCUUUGUGGGUGUAUAUGUGUGUGUGUGUGUAUACAUGCAUGUGUGUGGGAGUGAGCGUGGGUGUGUAUGUGCGUGGCAUAUUUUUAGGAAAGGACACUUUUCCUAAAAAAAAAAAAAAAAAGGAAAAAAAAGGAAAAAAAAAAAAGGUAAAUCCAGGACUGCUUUCCUUUGUGACAACCAAAAAAAUUCUAUAGCCUGAAAAUGUUUCAUGUUCUUUGCUGUGAAUCUCUGAAAACAAGAAGCGCAUUUUAGGGACGAAAGAGAAAAAGAAAAAACCACAUCUGCUAUCCAAAGAUUUUAGUCUUUUUCAGGGUUUUUUUGUGUGUCUUUGUUGCUUUAUAUAAUGCAAUAUUUUGUAGUGAAAAUAGAUAAAUCUGGUUUCUAUCUGAUGCGUUUUUCAUAUCUCUCAUGAAUGGUGAGCUGUUUUGCAUAUAAAUAAAAGUAUCAAAUAAAAGCUGUUUUUUCCUAA